AUGAAUUUGGCUGAUUUUAUGUCUCCUGUUAAAUUGCUAAAAAUCAGUCGCAUGAUAAUUUCUGUAAUAAUAUACAAUUUAUUUAAUACGUCGAUUGUAUAUAUUUUUAGGUUAUGUUUCCGACAAUUGUUAAAAGCAGAAACUGAUAAAGAAAGGCUUUUAACAGCAUAUCAAAUAAAUGAGGAUGUAGUUAGUGGAAAGUUUCCUUUAAGUAAAGAUUUAGCAUUAGAGCUUGCAGUUUUAAUGUCUCAAAUUGAAUAUGGUGAUUACAAUGGAGAUAAAGUGAGAUGCAGUACUGGACCGACGACUCCUCAGCAGCAAAUGCAAAGUAUAUUAGAGAGGUUUUAUCCGUCUCGUUAUAGAGACAAGGGUGAUGAAAAGUAAGUUAGUUUUUCUCUAUGAUA